AUGCGUUUCUCCGUCCUUGCCUUUGCCGCUUGCGCGCUUGCGGCUCGUCCCUUUUUGGACGAGCCAGACACGGGCAUCGAGGAGCAGCUCGGCGGCUAUGUCACCAACAAGACCCUACCUCCACUCAAGGCUCUCGUCGGCCUGCCUGACUUCCAGUGGGUCGCACGCAACUUCAUGGGCGUGAAGGACUACACCUACUACCGUAAUGGUGCAGCGGGCGAGUGGUCCUACCGCAACAACCUCGAGAUCUUCUCUCGGUACCGCCUUCGCCCCCGCGUUUUCAAGGACAUCCUCAACGUCGGCGCCUCUCUUCCCACGACCAUUCUUGGCCACAACUUCUCGGCGCCCUUCUUCAUCUCGCCUUGCGCCCGUGCCGACUACGCAAACCCCAUCGCCGAGGUCGGCCUUGCCAAGGGAGCAGGCGACGCCAACAUCCUCUACAUGGCUUCGCUCUUCUCUUCCAAGAGUAUGGAAGACAUCUAUGCUGCCCGCGCCAACGGUUCCGAGCAGGUCCUCUUCCAGCAGGUCUACCUGACCGAGAACAUGACCCAGACGCAGGAACUGUUCAAGCGAAUUGAGAAGGUCGGUGCCAAGGCCAUUGUCAUGACCGUCGACUCUGCUGGUGAUGGCGUCAGGCAUCGUGCUAAGCGCUUCGCUGUUGGAUCUGCCGACUCGUCUCUCAGUCUGCUCACCUGGGAUCUCUACCGCCAACUUUCCAACAUGACUUCCCUUCCCAUUAUCCCCAAGGGUAUCCAGACGGUUGAGGACGCCCGUGAAGCUGUCAAGAACGGUUGCAAGGCCAUCUUCCUCUCUAACCACGGUGGCCGUCAAUCCGACACAUCGCCAUCUUCUCUCCAGGUCGCCAUGGAGAUUCACCAGGAGGACCCCUCCAUCUUCAAGGAGAUUGAGGUUUACGCCGACGGCGGUGUUCGCUACGGCACUGACAUCUUGAAGCUGCUUGCUCUCGGAGUCCGCGCCGUUGGUGUUGGCAGGCCUUUCAUGUUCGCAAACAUCUAUGGCGCCGACGGUGUCAAGGCCGCCGCCGACAUGCUCAAGUACGAGCUCCUCAACGACGCUGCCAACAUCGGUGUGGGCGACCUCAAGAAGAUUGGUCCUGAGAUUGUCAGCUGGAAGGCUUCCAACCCUUGGGUUGGCAACAGCGAGCUCUAG